AUGGAUGCUAGUCUGGGCAAGGAUAAUCCAGGGCUCCCAGAGAAGCUCCGUGUUGCUUGCACAAUUGGCGAGCAUGAUUUAUUGACCGGCAUUGUUCUUUGUCCCGCUGGGUUGGAGUCUCUAAUACCAGCCAAUCAAGGAGACUUGGAUUUUGAUGCGUUUGCGAAAAUUUGUCAUUCCACAUCUCUAUAUUUAUACAUUUCCCAACGACAAUUUGCGGACGAAGAACUUGAUCAGCUGGAAAUUUUCUCGAAUGCUCUACGAAGUCUUCAGGCAGAAGUUUUCGAGAACGCUCGACAUGGUGUGGUAGAGAGAGAUUGUGGUGUCUUUGCUCGGUGGCUCAAUCCAAAUCCACCCCCAUAUCCUGAGGAAUGCGUGUCCGAGCAGGGGGAUCCACCCGUAUAUUGCAAGCAUUUUGAACAAGUGAUUGGAAAAAGGCGCACGGUCCCAUGGUCAAAGUCACCUGACGAUAAAACACGAAAGCGACAGGUCCUUACAUCCCCUGAACGGCUAGGCCCUACAUCCCCUGAAGCGCUAGGCUCUCCCACCGAAGCCAAUACACCGAGUACUUGCUCCUCGUCACCCUCCUCAAUCCGCCCAACUGACUUCACGCUUACUUCCCCUCCUGGCCACAUAAAGCGCAACAAACUUGCGCAUCUUGUACAUGCGCUCCGUGGAGUUUCCGAUGAGGAGAUACGCAAAGUAUUAAUUCAAUCAGGACGGCGACAUCUGCUGGCCAUAGAAGAGAGCGACCUGCCAUCCGAGUCUGAAAAAGUCAGAUUUGCCAAUGUCGAGAUGGUUGAGCGCCGUCUCGAACAAUAUGUUAAUGACGAGAUUGAGCGCCGCCUCAAACGAUAUGUCAAUGACGAGAUUGUCGAUAGGGCCGUGAACGAGUGCUAUGAUCAGAUCCUUGACCAACACAGAACAAACGCAGCCGAUGUCGAUGAACAGGUCGAGGAUGGCAAGGCCGAAGUAUGCAAUGCGGCCAAUGACUAUAUGAAGGACCUGGAAGAAGAAGUGCAAAAACACAAGGAUAAAAUAGAAGAACAAGCGCAACAGUGUCUGAAUGACAUCGAGAAUCGGGCAAUCGAGGUUGAGAUGUCUGCGCAGGAAGAAAUUGCAAAGCUUAAGCGCUGGUUCAAAGCUUCCGCGCAACUUGAUCGCAAGUCAAGCACUAGCCAUGAGCUUGGCACUAGACGCGUUUCCAUUUAA